GGCUGAGGAGCAAAAGCCAAGCAAUCCGUGCGGAGCUCCGAGAAAGCACGCUUGUGCCAUUCGUUGUUCGUCUAGGCCGGUGCCCUGGCGCGCGGCCUGCCGGCGGCGGCUCGGCAGGAGGUGCCGGGCUGCCGCGCCGUGGCGCCCGCGCCAGGCUUCGUGUCUUGCGGCCUCAGGCUGGGCGCGGCCGCGGGAGUUGUGGCCGCGGCGCGGUGGCUGCUGAGCGUGGAGACGGAGUUCGUCAAGGACGGCGCGAAGAGGGUGCUCCUGUGCGUGGCCCUCGGGCUCUUCCUCAGCCUGAAUCCGGCCAGCCCGUCGACCGCGGCCUUCAGCAUCGCAGCCACCACGACGCUCGGGCUCCUGGUCACGCCGGUGUCGCCGCCUACCGUCGCGCUGAUCGGCCUCGCAGCUGCCACGCUCGUGGGCACCAUGAAGGUGGGCACGGCGCUCAGCGGAUUCGGCGCGCCGCUGCUCUGGCUGGGGCUGCUGGUGCCGGUGUGCGCGAAGGGCUUCGGGAACAUCCGGGGCAGCAUCCACAACCUGGUGGGGAAUGUCAUCGACAAGGUGCCAGUAGUCGGCACCUCGUGGGCGCACUCGAUCGCAGACGUGGUGACGUCGCCGCUGCAGUGCGGGAAGGGCGACGGCCUGGCGAAGUCUCUGUUCCUGACGGGCUCCAACACGAGCCUGCUGGCGGCCGGCCUGGGCAUCGGCUGCCUCGGUGUGCAGGGCCUGGGGGUGCAGGAGUGGACGCAGCUGUCGCUGCCCCUGCUGCUCGUCCUGGCACUGAGGCCCUUCCUGCAGAGGGUUUGGAUGGUGACUGGACUCAGCCAGGAGGGCAUGCCGGCAGCGGCUGACAAGCCAAAGUACACGUUCGGCUUCGACGACUUUCUCCGGACCGUCCUCUUCGCAUGGGCCAUCACCUGCGCUGGCUUCCUGCGCUCCGUCCAGCCGGUAGCUGCCCUCCUGGGCGUGUUCGGCAUCAUGUCGCUUCGCGGGAUGGUGAGCUUCAAGGACAUCGACGAAGAGCAGUUUGGAAACCUCACCGUUUUCGCCUCCCUGGUCGUGCUCUCAGGGGGCAUCGGCAGCGUCUACAUGCGCUUGGGCGGCUUCCUGGCCAACUUCCUCCGCUCCGCGGCCGUGCUGCCAAGUGGCCUGCACACCUGGGCGCUGAUCGCGGCCUACUUGGGCCUCAGACGCUUCUUCGCGAGGGCGGAGCUGCACGUGGCCACCCUGCUGCCCACGUUUGCCGCCGCGCUCGCCCACUGUGGGAUGAGCCCCGGCCUGGCCAUCGUGACCCUCGCGCUGACCUCGAACCUGGGCGCCAGCGGCCAGAGUGCCCAAGAUGCAUUCAUGCGAUACGUGGAGGUUGUCAUAUCCGGCUGCCUGCGGAGAGUCCCGUGGCUAGUCGUUGCUCUGCCAGUCCUUGGCGCCUUCGUGGUGGAAUUGAUUGAGAACAGGUCUUCCGUCGUCGCCUGGGUAACGAGGUCGAGCAAAACCGGCGCGAAGAAGGUCGAGAAAAAGGUGGAGAAGAAGGCCGAGAAGGAGGGCGAGGGCGACGAGGAGCCCGAGGAGUUUGAAGAUGCAGGAGCCUGAGCGGAAGGCGCGGCGGCGCCGUUGCUUUUCUGCGUUUUUCCAGGGUGUGCCCCCCCCCGCCGCGCGAGCUCGGACCCUAGGCGCUCUCCGCGGCCCUCCGCGGGGCCAGAGCGAUCCAAGGGAUGGGCCCACGCCGGCAGAGAUUUUAUCGCGCGCUUAGACAGGGCCCCAGUGCUCCCAAAAAUCAGAUCCUU